AUGGGACUUAAAAUGCAUCAGGCAGUGGAUGGACAAAUUAUAGUUGAUGUACAACCUAUAGUUGAUGGACAACUUAUAGUUGAUGGACAAUUUAUAGAUGCUGGAACACUUAUAGUUGAUGGACAACUGAUAGUUAAUGAACCAUUUAUAGUUGAUGGACCACUUAUAGGUGAUGUACCAUUUGAUGGACCACUUAUAGUUGAUGGACCACUUAUAGUUGAUGGACCAUCUAUAGUUGAUGGACCACUUAUACUUGAUGGACCACUUAUACUUGAUGGACCACUUAUACUUGAUUGGCCACUUAUAGUUGAUGGAACAUAUGAGCCGCGUCACGACAGAACCAACCUGCUGCGUUUACGACCAGCAUGGAUUCAGACUAGCUUGCGCAUACGCGUAGUCUAA